AUGGGUCUGCGGCAUCUGGCGGCGGUUGCACGAAGAGCCAGCUUGAAGCAGGCCAAGCUGCUGGCAAAUGGAUGCGAAUGGGGCAACAGCAGCUUUGAUGCAAGAGCGACAAGCUGGGAUACACCCGAGAAGCUGCAGCGAGUGGCUUGGGUGGGCGAUCAGAUCCGCGGACGUCCCUGGUUCCGACACGGAAGCGAGGCCAUGGGCAGGUGCCUUGAUUUCGGGUGUGGCACAGGACUGCUGUCUUUUGAGCUGAAAGACAGCUGUAGUCACGUCACCGGACUGGAUGCUUCUUCCGGCAUGCUCAAGGUCAUGCAGGAGAAGAUUGAAACAGCUGGCCUGAGCUCCAAGAUGGUUGCCACUCAGGGGCCCCUGAACGUCUUGGGAAGCUUCGACACGAUCGUGAGCCUGCUCUGCAUCCAUCAUAUCCGCGACUGCAAAGCUCAGCUUAGCGAGCUUGCAACGCACCUCUCGCCCACUGGCCGGAUUGUCGUCAUCGACUUUGAGGCCACUCAGAAUGCACGCCUCUUCCACAAGAAGUCGGAAACGAGAGGUGAUCACUACGAGCACGACGGUCUGGAAGCGGAUGCGCUGCACGGGUGGCUCACUUCCGCAGGGCUGCAGAGUGUGGAGGUUCACCGAGUGCCCUUCGAGAAAGCUCGGGCAGAAGGUUGGGAAGAUGCCGGGUGCAAGGAGACCUUCCAGAUGUUGCUCGCCUCGGGAUCGCGAGAGAGAUAG